GGGAAAUUGAUUAGAGACAUCAGCUAUUUAAAAUGUAUUAACAAAAAUGCAGGCUGCUCAAGCUGGAGAAGUCGUUUUAUCAGAUGUUCACUUGUAUAAGACGGUGGAUACAGACGGUGUUGUAAUUACUCGAUUUCAAUUUAAAGUAUUAGCAGAAGACAAUACCAAGUUUAACGAUGAUCUAAAAUAUGACCAAGACGGUGACAUUGUCGUGUCUCGGUCCGAUGAUGCCCGUGACGUCAUUACCAUACGUCAUGAGAUGUGCACGGUUCUCGAAAGCGUGGGUUUGCAAGUAUGGAGAGGGGCCUUGUUAAUGUGCGACUAUGUUAACGCAAAUACUGAAAGUUUCGCAGGAAAAGAAGUCCUGGAAUUAGGUUGCGGUACUGGUCUAACUUCCAUUUUCGUUGCCCAGUUCGCCAAAACUGUUUAUGCAACAGACCACGGCGAAAAUAUACUUGCUCUGUGUCAAGAAAACGUAGAUAGGAAUGUUAGUUUAAUAUCCGCUAAUAUGCACGUUGUCGAUCUGAACUGGUUUGAAUGUCUUCCCGAUGACCGAGUAAAUCCGAACAUCCUUUUGGCUUGUGACUGUAUUUACGAUAAUGAUAUGACAGACGCCCUGUUUCGAACUAUACAUUGCUUUAUACAGCGAGCUAAAACACAAGCUGUUUCCAGCAAAUCUGCGCGAGGGCACCCUUUGUUAGUAACAUAUAUUCCCUUAGAAAAACGACUGAAUUUCACGACAGAAGAUAUGGACGUGACGUGUAAAGAAUACGACCAUUUCAAAAUUUGUUUGAACGAGUUGGUCGACGGUACAGACACGCAUGUGAAAUGUGUUGUCAAACAAGUAUUUCUUAAUGAAAUUCCUGCAUGCUUUGAUUACGACAGAUCAGAACAACUGGAGCUAUGGAUAGUAGAAACAUAUGUUUUGUAAAGUGUACGAAAUGAAUGCCACUUUUAACCCGUGUUCCGACAAAAAAGGGCACCGAUAAACAGAACGGUUGUAUGAGCUGCCUAUACCAAUACGGCGCGGGGGCGAGCAAUAAUACCCUUUUUGCAUGGUCACUUUUAUGCGCAUAAGUACUUGUAAAAACUAAGUUAACACGCAUAACGUCAUAAGCGUGUCAUCUGCUGUAGGAGGUUGGUUGUUACUCGCAUUAUGCGAGUAAAGAAAAGUAAGGUGAAAGUACAGUUUUACUUUUAAGAGCCUAAUCUUUUUUAGGUAUUAAUUUUAUAGGUUUUCGUUGGUAAUAGCACCAUAAAGUAUUAAAACUUAUUUUAUAAGCUAGAUUUAAUAAUAUUGCGCUAAAAUAAGCUUACUCAAUGUUGAUACGCGCAUAAACCAAUGACCAUGCAAAAUAGCGCUGUUAGCGAGUUAUCAUAUGACGAGUUAAUGCGGAUCGUUAUUCGCAUUAACUUUUUACCAUGCAAAAAGGGUAUAAAGGUCUUUGUUGUGCCAUAGUUAAAGUACUGUAUCAGAGUACACUAAACUUGAUUCUAUAAUACACGACCAAGUUUUUCUGGUGGCUUGCAAUAAAAUCGCAAACGACA